AUGGCGUUCCUGUGGGUAGUUGCCUGCCUGGCCCUUGCCAGUGCCGUCUCAGGCUGCGGGGUGCCCGCCAUCAGUCCCUCGGUGGCCUACAGCGAGAAGAUUGUCAAUGGGCAGAACGCUGCGCCCGGCUCAUGGCCCUGGCAGGUGUCCCUGCAGACCCGCACAGGAUCCCACUUCUGCGGCGGCUCCCUGAUCAGCCAGUACUGGGUCGUCACAGCUGCCCACUGCAACUUCGACCCUCGCAACCACGUUGUCGUCCUCGGGGAAUACAGCCUUGCUUCCAAUGCUGAGGCCAUUCAAGUGAAGACCGUGGCCAGGGCAAUCACCAACCCCGGCUGGAACCCCAACACCAUGAACAACGACAUCACCCUGCUGAGGCUGUCCACGCCCGCCCAGCUGGGGUCCCGUGUGUCCACCAUCUGCCUGGCCCCUGCCAACCUGGUUCUGCCCUCCAACGCCUGGGCUGUCACCACCGGCUGGGGACGCACCAACCCCAACUCCCAAGCCUUGGCAACAGUCCUGCAGCAGGUGACCGUGCCCAUCAUCUCCUACAACCAGUGCACGCAGUACUGGGGCAAUCGUAUCACCAGCUCCAUGAUCUGUGCUGGUGGGGCGGGUGCCACCUCCUGCCAGGGUGACUCUGGUGGACCUCUGGUGUACCAGACUGGGAAUGGCUGGACCUUGAUUGGCAUUGUCUCCUGGGGAACCUCCAACUGCAACAUCAACACGCCGGCCAUGUACACUCGUGUCAGCCAGUUCCGUAACUGGAUUGACACCGUCGUUGCUCGGGGAUAAAGAUGCUGC